AUGGAGCCCCUUUUCGUCGGCGUCUCCAACAACGCCCAACACCUCUACACACUGCUCUCCUGCAUUGGAUUCGCACCCAAGGCCACCGUUCAAAUCACGCCGGACGGUCUUCGAUUCUCAGCGGAAGAAAGCCGUGUGAUCCAAGGACUAGCUUUUCUCGACAAAUCGCUCUUCACGAGCUAUACUUUCAAUCCAUCAGCCGACACACCCAGCCAAAAUGAUACUUCCAACGACGAUGAAUUCUCCCAAAAUCAAAAUUAUCCCCACUUCGUCGUCUCACUAUCCGCCCUCCUCGAUACCCUCAAAAUUUUCGGCAUCAAUGAGUUGGAGUCCAACCGAGCCCGACAAACCAGUAUCACACAAGCGAAUCCUGCCUCAUCAAGUGCAUUCAAUGCCCCAACUCUGCUGAUGGACCGCUUCUGCACUCUACAUUAUAAUCAACAUGGCGCCCCUCUCACUAUCGCCAUCACGGAAGCAGGAGUGAAAACCACCUGUGAGCUUGUGACAUACGAACCCGACGAAAAUGAAGCAGAUAUCCCUCUCCAACGUGACACUAUUAUCAUGAAGAUAAUCAUGCGCUCUGCUUGGCUGCACAAUGCCAUUGCGGAGCUAGACUCUUCAACUCCCAACGUUCUCAAACUAUCUGCCUGCGCCACGCGCGAACCGUAUUUUGCCCUUUCCGGUGCGGGCGGUCCCUUCAGCGAGUCAACAGUCGAAUUCUCAGUUGAUCAAAAUAACGGGAUUGUCGGCGGAGGUGGUCACGGAGCCACGCAAUCCCAGAUGUCCAAAGUUCUCGCAGACGAUGGAUCUUCCCGCAGUCGUGCCACUAGGGCUAAAGUUGCGCCUACGGUCACGGAGACAUUCCUUGUAUCUCCUCCGUCUUCUAUGGGGGAGCGCAUCCAACAGAGCUAUCGAUUUGAGCUGAUUCGCAAGGCUGUGAGGGCCAUGUCGGUUGCUAACAAGGUUAGUAUCCGUGGAGAUAGGCAGGGCGUGUUGAGUCUACAAUUUAUGGUCGAGCUUGACGAUCCCAAUGUUCCAGUUGGCAGGCCCGUUGGCGCUGGCGUGAAGGGGCCAAGUGGUCCUGUCUGCUUCGUUGAUUUCCGGUUUGUGCCCUUACUUGACGAAGAGGCGGCGGAGUUAGAGAUCGAUGGAGGGAGCGAAUAG